AUGCCCGAGUCACCCUGGUGGCUCUCGUCCAAGGGCCGAGACGACCGCGCACUGGCAGCUGUUAACGGUCUUGGAUAUACCGGAGAGCACGGGCGUAUGAAGCUGGCACAGAUCCAGACCACUCUGGAGGAGAUGAAGAAAGAGACCGAGGGCGUCACCUACAUGGAGUGCUUCCGCAAGUCUAACCUUCGCGCACACUUCUCACGAUCGUGCCUUUCUGGAUCCACACCUUCACCGGCAUCUCUACUACCUGCAGCUUGCUGCUACUCCACCCAGAUGAGCUUCCGACUCCAGAUCGCCCAGCCAGUUAUGUCCAUCGUCGGCAACCUAAUGGCCGCAGCUAUCAUCGAGAAGGUCGGCCGUCGUGAUCUGACCUUCUGGGGCCUCCUCUUUAACGUGUCGAUCGGUUCAUCGGUAUUUUCCCUCAUAUCGGAAAUAUCGACUCCUCGACUCCGCGUCAAAACUAUUGCCAUCGCCAGCGCGUCGCAGAGUCUUGUCAACGUUAUGUGGCAGUGGACUAUUCCCUACAUGUUUAACCCCGAUAAAGCCAAUAUGGGCGCCAAGAUCGCCUUCGCCUUUGGGGGGUCUCUGCUCUGUGUCCCUGCUUUAUCUCUGGUUCUAUCAGCCCGAGACCGGAGGAAGGUCACAUCGGGAGCUGGAUGA